AUGGACAACUCGAUGUCACAGAAAGCUGUGCCUAGCAAUGAGCGUGCCACCGAGGGAACAACCGCUCAUUCUGGCGUCAACGAAUCUGUGAAGAGCACCGCCUUUGGGUCUCUGGGAUGGCUUCUCAACGGCCUUUCAAACCCCAAGGAGCUCCCAGUGCCCGUCGCGGAGCGUCUUCGCCAGACAAUCACCGAGUCGGACCCGACCAUCGAAGGCGUCACCAUCGAACGACUCAUUCUAAUUCGCAAGGCUCUGGUCGAGAGUAAGACUGCAGUAGACUCCAAGUCUUCCUUUGUCUUCUUGGAUGUGGCAAUUUGUGAGCUUGUGGAGAACAAGGACGAGACUCCCGAAUGCCUCCUCGGGCGCGCCGUCAGAAUUUUCAAAGACCUUCUCGAUGGAAACACUGUGGAUUGCAAGAGUAUCGCAGAGGGCCAAGUUGACCUUGCAGCAUUCCGUGCGCAGUUCAGACAUGCGAACAAUGAAAUCAUUCGGGCUUGCAAGGAGUAUCACGCCGCGGUCGAUGCAGGAGUGGAUAAAAAGGAAGCGAUGAUUGUGUAUGUCUCAAAGGCGUUUGAUCGGAUUGGAAUGGCUACUUUGCAUUUGCUUCGGGAUGAGGCGAAGGGUUUCUAUCCCAAGGACGAGGCUGCCAAGUUCGAAAGAUCCAUCGCUUCGUUGGACAACUUUCAGGAGAUGAUUGAAGAUCUCCAGAUUCUCAACGAUGGUUACAACUAUGAUGGCGAGGAGCCCGGAUGGGUGAAAGUCUAG